AUGGACAUUCAAAACAUUAUCAGAGGAGUCAAGCCCAUCGGUGGGGAGGUCGUCCCAAUCAGAACUGUUCAGGAAACAAGACCUGUCGAAGAAUUCGCCGAUGCUUUUGUCGCAGAAGUCAAUGUCAAAGCCGCAUCCAAAGUGAUCAAGGCUCUCGACUCUGCAUUCCCCAAAGAUCCAUCAGUCCCACUAUCCCACCUCCGCCGCUUCGCCAAGAGAGAGAUGCUCCCUGAAGCUCUAAAGGAAGAGAUCAAAAAGCAAAGCGCACCAGCAGACCCAAAGCAGACAAUCUUUGUCCUCCUCUCACCACCCCUCCCCGAUCUCGUCGACCUGAAAGCUCUACUCGCUCCAUUUGCGCCAACUUCAACAUCUACGAGCAACACCUCAACCACGGAUGGCACAUCAGACGAACCACAAACGCCAACAAUUCACCUCUACUCCACCAAAAUCCCCCUCUACCCUGCUUUCAACGCCACCCAAGCCGAAACCUGGACCAAAACUCUCUGGCCAGUAGUCUUCAACCCCGCUGCGCCCCGCUCCUUCGUCGCACCACCGCCGCAAAUCCUCGCCCGCGCCCAAGAAUCCAUCUCCCCCCGAGCAGGCUACUACCUCUCCCUCGCACAAAAAGUGGCCCAAGAAGCCCACCAAUCGGGCCAAGGUCGCCCCGUCGGCGCGGUAAUCGUCGACCCCGCAAUCAAUAACUUCCCCACAGACAACACAUGGGACGAAGCCGUGCUAGCAGUCGCAGGCGACGCGCGAUACUCACGCUCAGAAGGUGGCGCUCCACCGCAGAGCCAGCAGCACGCGGGCGGCCCAAACCCAGCGUGCAACAGCUACAACGCAGACGUGGAAGGCGGGCCGGAACUGCACGCGCUGAUGCGCGCGGUUGAGCUCGUCGCGCGCUGGCGCAGGGAGCACGACCACGAAGGCGCGUCUGCGCUGCCUGGAUCGAGCGAACAGCCGGAGUCGGAGGCGCGACUGAGCGCGCUCGAGUCGCACUUCUUAUAUCGGCAUAACGCGCCGGUUGCGCCGCUAUCGCCGUCGUUGAAGAGGAAGCUAGACGAGCCGGCUAUUGAGUCGGAUAUCGUUCCUGUGUCCAUGUCUGAACUCCAUACGCCGCUUCCUGGGAUUGGUGGUGAGUCGUUUGGGGACGCUGUGCCGCGCAUCCGGACCCGGUCGCAGGGUGGGUAUCUUUGUACGGAUCUCGAUGUUUAUCUUUCUCAUGAGCCUUGUGUGUGUUGUUCUAUGGGGUUGUUGCUUUCGAGGUUCCGGGCUGUUGUUUUCCCUAGAGGGGGGCGGUUGGUUAGUGGGGGUCUUGCGUCUGAGCCGGUUGUUGGGCCUGUGGGUGAGGAGAUUGAGGGUGAGGGUGGGAAUGAUAUGAGAGAGUAUUAUGGAUUGCAUUGGAGGAAGGAGUUGAAUUGGCGGGCUCUUGGGUUUGAAUUUGUUGAAGACGACAAGGGAGUUGUCGGCGCUGAGAUGCCUGCGUUCCAUGCGUGA